AUGUUGCGUGUAUUGAUCACUGGUAUUUGGACUGCGACAAAUACGCUCUUAAAUCGUAAUCAAAAUCCACCUAAUGAACAAUCAUCAACAUCUAAAUGGCAUAAAUUUCGUCAUUUUAUUUUUACAGCUAUUUCUUCAUUUGGUAUUUCAUUCGUUCGAUCAAUAACUGAAAAUGAAGCUAUUUAUGAAUAUGUAAAUACAUGUUUAGCAAAUUCGACAACAAAUCGAACGAGUGUAGAACAUCGUCAACAACGUAAUUCAGGUGUUAAUCGAUUAUCACGACCUAAUUUUCGUCGACGAUCAUAUCAUAAUAGUGGUGCUAUACGAAUCAUAAAACCAACAAUUAAUAUUCAUAUUCAUCAGACAUAG